UUUACCUUUGGGCAAAAAUACAUGUUUUAGUAUUUUUUGCUCUAAAGACAAAUUUGUGUAUAUAUGUGGAUAUUGUUGGUUUUACAAGAUAGACAAAUAAAUAGGCACAAAUGUUUAUGAAUAUAUAGUUUUAUUCACCAAUCAAGGGCCCUCGGGGGGCAUGUACAGGUUAUAACAAAUAUGGGUGUUGCUAAAACGCGGAACGGAAAACGGAACGAAAAUUUAAGAAUUAGAAUAAUUAGCAAACUUAACUUACACACACACACACACAAAUCGGACAAAUAUAUGCUUUAUUUUGAUUAAAAUCAAGUUUGAGGAACUUGUUCACAAGCGGUAAAAUAAUUUUAUCUUAAAAUUCUGCACCAUAAAUUGAUUAAGCUAAGUUGGAUAUAUGUAUAAAAGUUUUCAAAGUGUUUUUUCAAGAAUAUGUAUUAGAUUUCGUUUCGGUAGGUUUCGUUUCGGUAUAUUUCGUUUUGUUUCGGCAGUUUUCGUUUCGUUUCGCAUUUUACAGGUACCCUACGGAAGUACGAGUAGUUGGGCUACAGCCAAUGAGUUUUCAGUAUUGGGUAAGUUACGUGUUCGAUUAUUGAAAGGUUACAAGUAUAGCUUUUUAAAAAUGCUUUCCGUCUUUACGAACAAUUUUUAAAGCAUGCUACACAGUGAAACAGAUGCAUGUAUACAUGGGUGUGGAAUUUAAUGUAAAUACAGUGCAAGUACCUUUCUCUUACACAUCUAUAUGAAUUUUUCGUUAACUUUCAGUACAUGUGCUGUGCGUGAAUGCAAUUUUUUUUUUAGAAAGCGAAUCUUUCAGGCAUGGAAAUUGUCACCUAUACUAUGAGUCAUGUUCUAUUAACAAGGACAUGGCUUUAUGAAAAUUUACUAAAAAAGAGAAUUUACCCUUAAAAUGUAUACGGCCAGGCUACAAUAAUUCGGAGGGGGUGCUAUACCAGUUUUAAUAAUCACACAUGGAAAUGCAAAAAUAUGUGUAUAUAUAUAUAUAUAUAUAUAUAACGAAAGAAAAAAAAUGACCCAAGGCCAUAAUUUCUACUAAAAAGUGGGUCAUUUUUUUACGUAGAAUAUUUACCAGGGGGUCAAAUUUCUAGGUAGAAAAAUGAUCCCCGGUCAAUAUUCUACGGGGGUCACUUUUCGUUGUUACACCUGAACAGCAGGAGAAUGCGAUUCUACACGUGACUGUUUUUCAUUUUCUCAUUUUUUUAAAGAUUGGAAAGCUUGUAAACUUUUUAAAAGUUUUUCAUAAAUUAAAAUUAUACCAGCACUAAAUUAUCUCCCUUGAAAAGAACCCCAUUUUAACCAACGAAAAUUGUAAAUUUUCACUUAUGUAUAAAAGCACAGUCCGGAGACAGAAAGAAAUUUCAACUAUAUCUGCCGUCUCCCACGGUCCGUCUUGAAUCAAAAUUUAAUAAUUAUCUGUAAUUCACAAUUAAUAAUCCAUUACAUUUGGUAGGGUAGAGAUAUAGACCGACUGACCUUAGGCUGAUGCCGCAAAGGGGGAUAAUUCAAAUUACCGUUGAACAUGUGUAUUAUUGCCUAUACGUUAAAGUUUUUGGAGUACAAAUAUCUUUUUGAUAUCAUGCAUGUCUGUAACUGUAUAGAUAUUGAUAAAUAAUCAUAGGUUAUUAACUGAAUAUCGGGAAAUCUGCCCGCCCGAGGUCGUUGUGCGGUAAAGCCCCGCUGGAAGAUCCGCUUCCGAAUACGACCGAGGGCGGGCGUAAUUCCCGAUAUUCAAUCAAUGACCUUUUUAUUACAUAUUUUUUAAAUUCUAUGCACUUCUGUUUCUACAAAAGCACAUUAUUCUACAUUUUUGGUGGCAAACAAAGCAAAUUGUAACAAAUGAGACGCAGCAACCAGCAAGUCAUGCAGAUGUCAGAAUUCAUCGUGAAGAUAACGAACAAUGUUUCAUAAUUAAUAGAUGGACAAACACGGACCCCUGGACACACCGGAAGUGCAUAUGGAUUCAGGUGUUUAGGAGGUGUAAGCAUAUAUAUGAUAUCAAAAUAUGUAAUAAGUAUAUAUGAAAGCAACAUGCACGGUCUAGAGAUCUGAAGUAUUUAAAACGGGAAAGCGACUAUGUUAUGUAAUAGAGAAUUCUAUCUAUAGUGUUGGAAAGUCAUUGUAAAAAAUCGUUUUCCACUGAUUUUUUUUUUUUUUUUUUUUUUAAUAAAACCGUGUAGAUCUAUAUCUACCCAGAUGGCGACAACAUAGAAAAUAAAAUGUGCGCUAAACAACGUAAUUUGAUUAAUCAGAUAAUCCCUUUCUAUUCCGCGUACAUGAAUUACACCCAAAAUUGAUUCAGAUCCAAAGUUAAACACAUUGAUAGCAAUACCGCAUGUACCGUGUGAUAAUUGAAUAAACUGUCGAAAUUGUCAUAUAAUGAAUCAGUACUGUUAUGGAUUGUCAUUUCUCACAUUCAUCUUUGUUAUUCACAGUAAAUUGUUCUAUGUAGUUUAAUUAAUUGGACAUUCUUAUUCCAUUUGAAAAUAGACUGUUAAAAAGAAUAAAUAAUAUAACGAACGCGUCUUGUAUUUUCAUUUUACGCAGACGCAGAAGAGGCGUUCCGAUUGAAUAUCACCAGUCCCUUAGUCAAUGUUUAAAUCGCAAUGUCAAAAUCUAGAUUCAGCUUCCUAAGGGGAUCAACUUACGAAAUUUUCAUUGGGAUCAACUACGCUAUUCGAGCGUUUCCGAGUUCAUGGGUGUAAUUACCCGUAACUCAAAUGGAUUCUUUUUAACCUAGAUACUGUGUUAUGUCUACCUGCUGAUCGGCAGUCGUGCAUCCAUUAUCAACGAAUGGAAUUUUCUCGCUUCAAAAAUGUUAUCGAUGCAAAAAUUAUUCAUCUUAAUUGUAACAACAUAUGGUGUAGACUUUACAGAUGGAAAUGGAGAAGCGUGUGGUACCAUUGGCAGUGGAACACAGUUGUACUGUCCGGACAAAUAUCACUGCUGUGACUCCGUAAUACACUCCUGUUGUGAGGACGGAUAUGUGUGUUGGAAAUCUGUCUGUAUCAGCAUCAUCCCUCUCAUCCUCGUGCCUUGUGUUGUCGUCGUUGUUGUCAUCGCAACAGUUGUCGUAAAAAUCGUCAAGAAGAGGAAGAUAUUUCAAGCAAGAACGGGAGGUCGUGAACCAGCUAGCCAGACCAACUACGCGAAUUUUGGGAGUGUUCCUGUUCGCCAACAUCACAAACUAAAACCACGUGUUCUUCUGGAAUAUCUUUAUUCUUUCAUAAGGGUGUGGAUCAUACAUUUAAAGUUAAUAAGACGUGUAUGAGCACUAGAGAGGAAAAUGAAAGUGCCGUUAUUUCUCCGUCCAAAUCUUGCUCCGCAGGAGAAAUUUCUCCCAGGAUGUAGCUAUACAUGUAUUUACAGGAUGUAACGUUUGUUUUAUUUCUAUACAUGUAUUUACAGGAUGUAACGUUUGUUUUAUUGCUAUACAUGUACUUACAACUGAACUAACUAUAUUGUAUUUUGUUUCCAUUAGGUAUCCGAUCCAUAACAGCAUUUAUUUUCACAAAAAGUCAAUACCUGUAGCACUAACUCUUUUGUGAAAACCAAAUGCCUGAUUUUAGCCAGAUAAAAAUGGGGAGAGAGAGAGAGAGAGAGAGAGAGAGAGAGAGAGAGUAGAUGGUGCAACAUCUAUUUAUAGUGAAUUAGAUUAUUUUGUCAGUUAUCUCCCCUUGUAAAAAUGUAGAAAAAAUUAAUAUUUUCAUAAUUUGUAUGGUGAUCUUUACUUUUCUUCACAUAUUUUGAAAGACCAUGGUAAUAGGAAUCUUUUCACCACGAGGUUCCUUUGGAAAUUAUAUUCUAAUUGACUUAAUACAUGUAUGUCAGAACUGUGUUUUUCUCAUAGGGAUUAAUGUUAAUCUUUAUAACAGAUAUUUCUUAUAUAUGUCUUGUCAAUUUUGAAAAUUCUUUUGGUGAAUCACUGUGUAUGUUAAUUAUUUUUCAUUUGAUACCAAGUUUUGUAUCACAUAGCAGUUAAUUAUUGGGGGGAAAUGGGGGUUUUAUGGAUCGGAUACCUUAACAGUGCAAUACUGCCGAGAGAGGCCCUGCAUGAAAAUGUCCUUAAUAAAAGUGUUGUUCAUUUA